AUGCCGCUAGCCCCGUCGCGUUCCCUGUCGCGUCCUACUGAAGAUUUGUCCGGAAUAGCAAAGCAAUACCGAUUUUCUCCACACGCCCGCAUCGAUGCUCCCUCCGCCAUGGCCGCAAAAAACACCCAGCAAGAUAUCCUUGCUUCCCUAAACGCGGCCCAGAGACGCGCCGUCACCUCGGAAUCCAAUACCGUCGCUAUAUUAGCUGGACCAGGUAGUGGGAAAACACAUACCCUCACCUCCCGUGUCGUAUGGCUUGUCCAAAAGGCGGGCUUUAGACCCUCUGAGAUGAUCGUUGCGACAUUCACGGUCAAGGCUUCGAGGGAGAUGCGAGAGCGCAUUGGCAAGAUCUUGGGGGAAGAGAUCCAGAGAAAAAUUGUUCUCGGCACAUUUCAUUCAAUUGCGCGCCGCUACCUCGCCUCAUACGGCAAGCACAUUGGCCUCGACACUAAAUUCGGCAUUGCCGACGAUAAUGACUCCAAAGCAAUUCUCAAGAGACUCAUCAAACGACUCGGCCUGCAGCUAGAGCCCGCCAUGGCAAAGGGCUGGAUUAGCAAGAGAAAAUCUAGAGGAAGCAUGGACCCGCCACCAGUACAGAGCAAGUACCCCGACGGAAAACCAAGGCCAGAGAAUCCGAACUUGCAGCGAUGCUUCGAUGAAUACCAGGCCCAGCUCGCCUCGGCCAAUUUGCUAGACUACGAUGAUUUGUUAGUCCGCUGUGUUGAGCUGCUGCGUGCAUACCCCAUAUGUGUUUCCAACGUCAAGACCGUCCUAGUGGACGAAUACCAAGACACAAACGGCAUCCAGUACGACCUCAUGAAGCUCUUUGCUCAACGACGCCAUCGCAUAACAAUCGUUGGUGACCCUGAUCAGAGCAUAUACGGCUGGCGCUCGGCCGAGAUUAGAAAUCUCCACCGACUGCUGCGCGAAUUCCCCGACACCGAUGAAAUCUCGCUGGAAGAAAACUACCGUUCCUCCAAAUCCAUUCUCAGCGCCUCCCUCAACGUCAUUCAGCAGGAUGUCAAUCGCUACGAAAAGGUCCUCUUGCCGAUCCACAGCAAGGGCACAAAGCCAGUCCUGCGACAUUUGCAGUCAGCAGCCGACGAAGGCGAGUGGAUUGUUAGAGAGAUACAGCGCGCAACUCUCAUGACCGGUGGCAUGCUCAAAGGCGAGGACUGCGCUAUACUUCUCCGCUCUGCUUCGUUGUCUCGUCAUGUAGAGGCUGCGCUCGGGAAAAAGGGAAUACCAUACCGGAUGGUAGGCGGCCACAAGUUUUACGAACGGAAAGAAAUAAAGAUCCUACUCGACUACCUCCGCGUCGUGCAUCAGCCUCACAACAACGACGCUGUUGCGCGCAUCAUAAAUGUUCCCAAACGCGGCAUUGGCGAGAUCACCAUCAAGAGCAUCCUAGAAGAGGCCGAAACCGGAAAGCGGCCAAUGUGGACAGUCUUGGUGGACCACUGCGAAGGAAUCUGUCCCAUCGACAGGUUAACGAAGUCGCAGGAAAACAAAAUUCGUGGUGAGUUGGUAAGAAUCAUCACAUCGCUCCAAAAGCAAGUCGAAAUGGGAGAGCCUCAACCUCUAGUUGAAGUAAUUCAGAGGCUGAUAACGGAGCUGAAUUAUGAGCAGUUUUUGAAGAAAGAAUUCGGAGAGGACCACGAAGGUCGGUGGGCCAGUGUGCAAGAAUUUGUCAACUUGGCAGCGGACUUCAUGGUGCAAUUUGAUCAUUUUGACGAAGAUGCCCUUCCUGAGAUUGAAGAAGCCGAGGAACAAGGGGAGGACACCCUACUUGGGCGUUUCUUGGCCAAUAUUGCUCUCGCUUCCGACGCGCAAAAGGACCAGGAAGACGGCGACAGCUCCACGUUUGUGACAAUCUCGACCAUUCACGCCGCCAAGGGUCUCGAGUGGCCUAUGGUCUUUGUUCCUUGUGUGUAUAACGGGUCUAUCCCGCAUGCUCGUAGCGAGGAUGACGACGAGGAGCGUAGACUGCUGUACGUUGCCAUGACACGUGCCAAGUGCCUACUCUACUUGAGCUGUCCCUCCACUACUUCUUGGGGCAACGGGGGUGCCACGUUGUCUAGUUUCGUCUCGGAUAUCGCCGACACGGCCUUUGCCCAGCAAGGUCCUUCGUUUGGCAGAAGCGUUGUCGAAGACAUUGCUAAAUUGCUCCAACGAUCUGCGCCAUCAGAGAAGGACGUGUUUGCCAAGCUGCCACACCUGUUUUCAACCGAGGACGAUCUGUACCCUGCCGACCCUUCAAACCCGCGGAGAUUCAAGGGCUUGAUCGGCAGCGAGGGCAGCCAUCGGGGUAGCACGAUGGGCAGCAGCAAGCGCCAGCGCAUUGAUGGUCCAGACACUGCCGCGGCGGUGGAUUGGAAGCCAGGCUACAAGACAACGAUGCAAGAGUCAUCCGGCUUCACCAUGUCGAAUCUUCCCGGCUUCAUGACAGCCAGCGCGCGACAGAACAUUGUCGAUCUCGAGGCCGUGGAGAAGCAAACCGCAGAGAAGAGCACGAUGAAGACUGUGCCGAAGCGCAAACACGACCAACAUUCCUUGCUUGGCUACGUGUCGUCCGGGCCAGGCAAGCCGACGGCCACUCAGUCAGCGCGCCAGUCGUCGGCCGCCCUCGGUCGACUUAGCUCUGUUGCCAAAGCGGCGGCCCCUCCAGCCAUCGAGACGAGUCUCGCGCGCCAUAAUAUUACGCACAGACCGGAUUGGCGGGUGCCAGGGACGAAGCGAUUACACAUCCCGAAUGAGUAUCCAUUCCUCUACAGCUCGCCUACCGAGCCCGUCUCGUCAAAGGAGGUCCCCGAGAAGACAAUAGCCCCACAGCGGCCCGCUUCGAAUAUAUCUCUUAUACAAAACCCGACGAGCUUUCAAGCCGGCAAGAUUGCUGGCAUACGGCGGCCGGCGGGCAUGGGCGCGCCUCCGGUGCUAGAUAAAGUGCGAAGGCCAUUCAAGCGGUUGACGGUGAAUCGGCAAGCAACGAAGCGUGAAUAG